AUGACACCAGCACAUUCCGUGCAUUUCGAGACUGCACCGGAGGCUAGUGAUUUUUUCUUUGGUACUGUAUUAGGUCAAGGUUCGUAUGCCAAGGUUUUUCAUGCACAAAGGAAGAAAACUCGUCAGGAUUUUGCUGUAAAAGUGAUGGACCAGAGCUUCAUUCGUAAGGAAAAUAAGACGGAAUUUGUGCUGACGGAACGUAAAGUCAUGUCACGACUUUCCCAUCCACUGAUUGCCAAGUUUUACUGCAGUUUUCGGGAUCAUCACAGUUUAUACUUAGUCCUAGAGCUGUGUCGUGGUGGUGAUCUCUUUGGCCUUAUACGCAAAGAAUAUCAAAAAAAGCAGGAGCAGGGAAUUGUUGAUGCUGCAUGCUCUUUUGAAUUGACGCAGUUUUACAUGGCUGAACUGGUCAUUGCCUUAGAAUACAUGCACUCUCAGCAUGUUAUUCAUCGAGACAUUAAACCUGACAAUCUGCUACUUAGUCAGGAAGGUCAUCUAAAGAUGAUCGAUUUUGGUACUGCAAAGGAUCAAGAUGGAGAGACCAGUGAUGUAGGCCAAUUUUGUGGCACCGCUUCGUACGUAUCACCGGAAGUUUUACAUGAUAAGCCUGCUUCAAGAGCUGCCGACCUGUGGGCCAUGGGCUGUUUGAUGUUUACUGGGCGAGCUCCUUUUGUGGCAGAGAAUGAUUACCUGACUUUUCAAAUGAUAAUAAAUCACUCGAGCGAAGAAUUUGAUAUCCCAAGCAGUGUUCCAGAAACUGCACAGGACCUGAUUCGAAAGCUUCUCGUUCAGAACCCAGACGAACGCAUUGGUGCUCCGCAGAAUGAAGAGGGCUACGCCGCGCUGAAGAAUCAUCCAUUUUUUGAAGCCCUCCCCGAGCUAAUUCUUCCCGAAGCGAAGCUGGAUGGCGCAUCGGAGAACUGGACCGUUGCAGAAUACUUUUCGGGUGAAUUUUCCGAAAGCGCGUCGGAUGAAUUCAGUAGCAGACGUUCACGAAGUAGCUCGGUUCAGAGGCACCGACCAGUAUGCAUCAAAUGUGAUGAACAGAUUCGUUUUGAAGCAACAGUAAAAGUUCACAGCAAGAUGUUCAAUCGUACUCGAGACUUGUAUCUUACAGAUGCUCCACGCCUGGUUAUCAUUAGCUCUUGGUCCGGUCAUUUCAAGCGUGAAUUCAUCUUGACACCAACCACAACUGUGAAUGAGAUAGAUCCUCAUACAUUUGAAGUCGUAUCGCGGUCCAAUACGAUACGAGUGACGGACUUAAACAACCUUUCGCAUCAAUGGGCACGUGCUAUCUCGGAAUCAAUAGAAGCAGCAGCAGUAGCUUCUUCUUCUUCUAGUGAUGGUGGUAGUAUUAUCAAUCUACUAAAGCUUCUACGGUCAAAGAUUUGCUGUGAAUCAUAUUGCAAUCUAAGACGUGUGUUACCAGUCUAUGAGCAUCUUUUAAGCCCUCGUCCAGACUCUGCAAUGUCAUGUGAGCAUAAAUUGCUUACUAUACGUGCCACUAUUCUAUCUUGUGGUGAGUAUGGAGAUGUACAUUAUUUCAUCGAUCGGAUGGAUCAAGUGGUGGAAUACUGCUUAAGUAUCAACAAUCCACUACAACAACAGCGUAAGGAUGAAGAUGAAGCAGAUGAAGUUCCUAUAGGCAAAGUGAUGCAACUCUUGGUGGAUCUAGCAGGAGGAAAAGAUGGAAAGACUUUUGUAGUCAUGGAUUCGAUGCAGUUUCAUGACCGUGGAAAGAAGCGCAUAGGUGACCGUAUUGGCAUGCACGAUGUUGAGAUAGUGCAGCGUUCAAAAGCGCUUUUUAGCAAGGCGCCAGUUCCGUUGGAAGAGAAAGCAUGCUUUUCACAAAACUUGUUUAGUAGUUUUGGUAAUGGCAUACCAAACCAACAUGUCAGUCUAUGGUGCCCUGAUUCAAGCCUUCCUGAUGAUGAAAACCUCGUAAACGUGAUGUCAAAUAAGCAGCGCAAUCAAUUCUUCAAUCUUCCUGGAACUCCAUCAGCUCGAGUCGAUGUCGAUCGCAGUUUUAUGCCAUCCAAUGAUACUCCUUGUCGGGAGCGCUUUGGGCAUGCUUCGACUCAUAUGACGUCUUCUGCGGGGCAUGUGAAGUGCCUGACGCCCACGAACGAGGUGUUUUUUUAUGACAGCACGCAGGAAGUGCAUUGUGGAGUAGUGAAGCAGGUAGACUGGGAGGUGGCGAGCAGCGUUACAGAAACUUCAUCGUGGUAUUCUGAUCGAUCACCUGAUAUUACUGAGCCCUGGAUAGCGCAAACAUUCGCGUGGGAGGACCUUGGGGGUCGAAUAGGAUUGCCAAAUGACUACCAGAGGCCAUCGAGUGGGAAAGUACCACGGUCACUUCACGACCUGGUGAUUCCCAAUGAGUUUGCUGGCAAGAAUCAUAAUAAAGAUAUGCUAUUGGAAAUUCAUGAAGUCGACCUAGUUGAGGAUUGUCUUCGAGCAUUAAGUGGAAUCAACUCGACGGUUUUUCGAAGGCAUUUUCAAUCGGCAACAUUUCAGCUGCCUGAGAAGUACAAGCUGAAGCUCCGAAACACAACUGUAUCGGCCACUUUGUCGGUUUUAGAGGUUUUUCGUGAAGCUGGCACAAUGGUUAUGCGAUUAGAAUUGUUAGCUAUCUACUAUUCUCAAGAUCCUUCAAGAGGAGGGAAGACUCUUCAAGUAGUGGGAGAUGCACUUCAGUUGUAUCUGUCAAUGCAUCGAACUUUUGCAGAAAGAAUUGCGCAGCAGUGCCUGGUCUCGUCUGAAACGGACCAAGAAGAUGAAGUUGCAUCUGUCACGAAGCUUGUCUGCAAUACUCGCAAACUGUGCGAUGUUUUGAAAACUGUUGGGCACAUAUUUGGCUGUGACCAAGAUGUGUUCUGGCCGUUACUGCAACAAGGAAAAUUAUCUCGAGGCGUUGCGCUGCUCAACCAUUUGCACCACCACGUCUCUUCUCUACGCGUGGACGAUGCCGCUGGACACAUCCAUGAGUUGGUCGUAUGGUUUCUUGUUAAGGCGUGUUCACCAUUUCUGUCUGCGCUUUCCGACCUUAUUUCGUCAGGGAGCGUUGAUGAGGCGACGGACCCAUUCGAAGAAUUCAGACUUACGACGUGGAGCAGACAAUUGUUCGAAAAAGCUGCUGCAGGCACAGGAGAUGGGAUAUUUAGCGAUAAUUUAUCCGUCGAUGCAAUCCAGAUGCUACCAUCUUUCUUGGAGAAAAUAGCUCCCCUUGUUAUUCACCUCAGUCAGGUCCAAGCCCUUUUACGAAGCGUCAAUGCUAUCAAAUCUACUCACCCGCUGGUAAACAUACAACCUUUGUUCAUAUGUACAUGCAGCAAUAAAGCUACUGAGUACGCAGAGGAGUGGCAAUCGAUCAUUGAUGAAGCCGUGGUGUACGGAACUGAUGUGUUGCAUACAAUCAGCUCAGAAAGUUCGAAACGCGUGUCAACAAAAAUGGAUUUUGCGUCAACUGAAGAACGAGGGCGAAAGUUUGUGCUCGAAAAUAUCAAAGCAAAGGAAAGCUCUCAGUUGCAGCAGAAGAAUAUAUUGGACGAGCAAAUACUAGAAAAGAAGCCAUAUCAUUCUCAAGUGGUUCAGGAGGGGAACGCUGAUGGUGUAAGGCAACGCAAGGAGAUAAAUGAAGCUGAAAUGGAUGAGGAGGCAUUAGGCAGUAAGAGUUUGGUUGAUAAAAACUCAACGCUGAUGAUGGGUGCAGAAGAGCAGCAUGACUGCAUCAAGUGGCAGAGGGAUCGCAAUGCGUGCUUAUCUACAGCAACUGAACAGCUUCAAAUGUUCCCCGUAGAUGAUAUGAAUCAGAGGACACCAGACAAACCAAGUCGCGAGUCAGCAACGUGUGUUGCUGAUGUGACAGAGAUGAUCUCGUUGGUUGAGGAAGGUGGCAAUACUACUUCAGUGGCAGCGGACAACGGAGACAGCUUGUCAAUUGCAGCAUCCGAGGAGCUGUCAGUAUCUGUCAUCGAAAAGGAUGGCUGGACGCCCUCAGUGAAAGUGCACAAAGAGGUUGGACACUGCUGCGAGAUGUCCACAGGUGAUGGUGGUGCUUGGCGAGCUUCAGUGAAAGCGAACACAGUGUUGGGAAACUGCAGCUCGAUAUCCGCGAACAACGAUACCUGGAGAGCUUCAAUCAAAGUGAAUUUGCAGGCUGACAGCCAUAGCUCCGGUAGUUUUAAAAGCUUGGCAUCAACUGGCAUCGCUUCUUGCAAGACUGGUGUCCGCGUUUCAAAUGAACCGGGAGGAAGUGGGGCCCAUAUGUACGAGACGUUGUAUGGCGGAUCUGACAUAGUACCUGCAGCCAAAGACGCCGAUUAUUGUGUAGCAGCUAGCAUGACAGACAGUCGUCGAGUUGAAUUCCCAACGACUGAUUUUAUGCCAACAGAGCCAUCCCCGGAGGCUAAGGUGGAUAAAGAUGUCCACAUGCAGGAUGUGUCUCACAAAGAGAAAGGAUCUUCACGGUCAACAAGCGAUAAACAGGACGAGGGACUAUCAUCUCAGGCAGAUGGAUGUGUGAAACAAGCUCCAUCAAAGUUUACGCACAUAUCGCUUCCUCCGGUCCACCCUUUCUUUUCGAUGGCGAUUCCGCAAGAAGACUGUGAGGUGCUGACGCGGGCACUAACUGAGAAUAAUUCUGAGGCCGACUUUACGUCAUUUGCGUCGACAAUAAACUCUUGCGUGGAGAUACCCGUUCGCCUUGUCUUUCAAAAGCUAGAGCAAGUGGCGGUGGAUUGGCUUCGCAACUCUUUACAGAUGCUCGAACACCUUCGUUGGCUACGUAAAUUGAUGCUCAUGUCAGAAGGCCUUUGCAUGGAUAUCUUCGCGCGCGACUUUCUAUUUGGUUUCAAGUCAAGUACUCGCGUCAACUGGGGAGCCGGGGACCGCCUUACAUCGGCUCUUACUCUUGCUAUGAUCGAGGGAUCUGUGUCAAUGAAUACCAUUGCACAGAACUUUCACUAUAAGACUACUGCAGUUUUGUCGCAAAUACUAAGUAGUCUAACGAUGAUCCCAGCUGUGCCAAGUUUGCUCAGCGAACUCGAAUUAGUUUAUGACGUCAAAUGGCCGCUGGGGUUAGUGAUCACAUCACGCUCGCUGAAUGACUAUAAGCAACUGCACCGGUUUCUUCUUCACAUGCGGAUGACAUCGUUGGAAAUGAGAGAAGUGUGGGGAAUGUUGCGCACCAUUCGCCAAAAAAGACGACUGUCAUCAUUACUUGAGCGGUUGUGCGGAGGCGUCGUCUACAAAAUGCAGGCAUUCCUCCAAGCAUUUAACGAGACCUUUGCAACAGAGGUAUUCAUGCUGGCAUGGUCGGAGCUCAAAUGCGCAUCACAAAAGGCGACAACAUUAACAGAUCUGCGUCGCUGCCACGAAGAAUACGUGUCCAUUGCACUUUGCUGCUGUUUCCUGGAUACGCCUGCAAUAGCGAUCCGCCCGGCGAUAUCCGCAGUGCUCACCGCAGCCUGGAAAUUAACGGGAUUCAUACGUAGUUUGGAGCGACAAGUAGAAGGACGGGCUUCAGACAAUACCUAUACGCGCGUAUUGUGCGAUGAAUUAGACGUCACUCUCAGAGCACUGGUGUGCUGCCUGUACGAUGCUUCUCGCAAUGCAGAUCGAAACACACGCAAGUUUUCGGAGUGUCUUCUACUCCGGCUCAAUUUCAACCAGUAUUACUCCACAGAUAUCCCGACAGCUGUAGCAGCUUCAGCAACACGAAAAAAUCCCACGUGUUGA